AUGCGAGCUUCCAUAUCUGCCCUUGUCUUGAACUUUGCCUUGUUGGUCUUUUCCCUAAGAAAUUGUGCUCUGGGGACCGGCUCCCAGCCAGCACGCUACCAGUCCAACAAGAAGAGCGCCUGCGAGCUCCAAGUCCGUCAUGAGUCUGUAGUCAAUGAAUCCGACGUCCAGCAGAUAAAUCCAAGCGGCAAGCCUCCAAAUUCUCAGCCAAGGGCAAAAACAGUUGACACCUCGCCGCUGGGUGUCGACAAAGUCAAGCAGUUCAGUGGCUACCUUGAUGAUGAGGGGCAGGACAAGCAUCUCUUCUAUUGGUUCUUCGAGUCUCGUAACAAUCCCGUCAAGGACCCUGUGAUCCUCUGGGUCGAAGGAGGUCCUGGGUGUUCCUCUAUGCUCGGCCUCUUCCAGCAGUUGGGUCCAGCCAGGAUCAAUGAGAAGCUCGAGGUCGUUCCCAAUCCUUUUUCCCGGAAUAGCCGCGCAUCCAUGAUCUUCCUCGAUUCGCCGGUGAAUGCAGGAUUCUCGCGCAGUCGUCAGCGAGUGAAUUCUACGGAGGCUGCUGCAAAGGAUGUCUACGCGGCUAUGAAGCUUUUCUUCCAGCGGUUUCCAGAGUACGCCAAGCAAGACUUCUAUGUCGCAGGGAGUUCGUACUCGGGUCACUUUGUUCCUGCCAUCGCUGCCGAGAUGCUCUCCCAUGAAGACCGAAACAUGAACGUCAAGAGCGCUAUAAUUGGAGAUGGAAUAACCGAUUCCUUGGUGCAAUUUCAAUCUUAUCGACCUAUGGCCUGCGGCGAGGGUGGUGUUCCGGCAGUCGUUAACGAGACCGUGUGCCAGGCCAUGAAAGACGCGGAGCCAAAAUGUCGAGACCAGAUCCAAUCAUGUUACGACACUGAGGACGCAGCUACUUGUUCUAAAGCCUUUGGGAACUGCAAUAAGGCCCUCGUUUCUCCCGUGUCGGAUAUUGGGCAAGACUGUGCCGCCCAUUACGAGCUGGCUUAA